GCAGCCCAAGCCCAAGAUUGAUUUGGGCUUCUGAUGUGUGUUGAGCCCGUUUACUCUGCGAAUGUGCCAUGCAUCAUAAACUCUUCGUUUCCCUUAUUCUCUGUCUGCAACAUCGAAUUGAAUUCCAUGGCGGCUGUGAGAAAAAUAAUUCAGGCCAAUAAAAAUAAAAAUUUGUCGCCAUCUCUUUUUUCUUUUCGCCGAGGAAUUGCCUACAAGCUUUUUGUUGGAGGGCUGUCCUUCUUCACCACAGAGAAAGCACUGUCAGAGGCAUUUUCCAACUACGGGCAAGUUCUUGAAGCCAAAGUUGUAACAGAUAGGGUGUCAGAAAGAUCUAAGGGAUUUGGGUUUGUCACCUUUGCUUCAGCAGACGAGGCUGAGAAUGCCAUUGCAGAGAUGAAAGGAAAGACAUUAAAUGGACGUGUUAUUUUUGUUGAUUAUGCAAAACCCAAUACCAACAUUAAUGGUGCGAUGCCAAUUGCUAGAGGACCACCUAAACCAACACCAGAAACUUGAUAUUAUAUAUUCUUGAUGGAGAGACCUGUUGAAAAAUGGUAUCAAUUUUUCUUUCAUCAGCUCUUGCAGCAGUGUAUAUAGAGCCCUUUUUUUACUACAAAGCACUGUUCAGCACAAGUGAUAGGAUUCUUCGAUUGUAAUAGUACAGGCUCUGAGGAUUUUAUAUGGUUGUGAGCAGACAAUAACGUAAACAGUCUCGGUGAUUUUGUCCUUAGAGUUUAAGAAUCAAAUGUUAUACUUCCUUUAAUAGAGAAAAAUAGUGUUUUUAAGAUUAAGAUCUUAAUUAAAAAUUA